CCAUUGACGCCAUGGAUAUCUUCUUGGGCUCUGAGAAGAAAGUGCAAGCUAUAUUGGAUUGGUGAAAAUAAAAAUAUGUACCCACCAAGUUGAAGAGUGAAAAGAGGGAAGUAAAAGAUAAAGAGAGAAGAGGAACGUUGAAUCGCCUUCUUUUUGUGUCUAUCUUGGCUGUUCCCUUUUCAGGUCCUUUUGAUCUGCGGCUCUUUGUCUGUAUACGGGGCCUUGAAUCUUUAUGAUGAUAAAUAAGAAGCUAUAUUUGCUGAAAUAACGCCAGUGAAGGACACAAUCAAAAGCUUUAUAUAAAGGAAGCAACGAAAGCAGACAAAAUACCUGCUGGUUUUCUAUAUAAUAUAUCUUUUGUUUGCUUGUGUUUAUGCGAGGGUUUUGUUCAUGUGUCGGUUGUGAGGGCCGAGGGAUUCUUUCCUGAGAAAAUUGUAAGGGAAGGGAGAGAAUUCUUUCCUGUGAAAAUUGGUGUCUGGUUUUUUCCAGAAACCAGUUUUGUUGAUUCCUGUUCUAUCAAUUUCUGAUACCAAAUUGAAAAAAGGAAAAAAAAAAAAAAAACUUAGCUUUUUGCACUGUGGAGCUCAGCAAAGUGGCCAUGGCGGUUUCUGCUAAAAUCUCGUGCCGUAUCAGGUUGAGCAAAGAGAUCUAGAGCAACCAAGAAGCAAGCUCUAAUGGCCGAUUGUGGCUCUUUACCAUCACCCAAAGACAAAUUCAUAAAACCCAUUUCAUCAAUUUUCACCUCUCCAAAACUUUUCACCGGUUUAGCAUCAAAGGGAUUCACUGACACGGAAUCUUCCCCUAGCCCAACUUCAAUCCUUGAUGGCAAAACCUUCUUCGGUUCAAGAAACCCUAUAUGGUCUGAAACCAAAAAAUCCCCAAAACCUGAAAGCAGAAGCUAUUGGGAUAGGUUGGAUUCCAGGAAGCUUGGCCUUGGCAUUCUCGACGCCCUCAGCGACGAACAAUCUGAUGAAAAACCCGCCAAAACCCAGAGCAGAAUGGUUUUGUUUGGAUCACAGUUGAAGAUCCAAAUCCCUCCCCUGCCUUCCCCUGCUCCGGCCGAUUCUCCCAAAUCGCCGGCCGAUUUCGGCAUCAAGACGAGGAAUUCUCACCUGGGUUCUUUCUCUCCAUCUCCGGCCAGAAAAUCCCCUUUCGGGUCUGCAAAUUCGGGCCUUGACAACUCAAAUUGCUGCCUCUCCGCUACUGAAAUGGAGCUUUCAGAGGAUUAUACUUGUGUAAUCUCGUAUGGCCCGAAUCCCAAGACUACCCAUAUUUUUGAUGAUUGUAUUGUUGAGAGUUGCUGUGGAGAGGUCGGAUUCUCCGCCGCCAGAAAAAACGAUGGGCUCUUCCCUAAUGAAUCCAUGAGCUUUCCACCCGAUAGUUUUCUCAGCUUCUGCUACAGCUGCAAGAAUAAUCUUUGGCUAGGCAAGGACAUUUACAUGUACAGAGGCGAGAAAGCUUUCUGCAGCAGCGAAUGCCGGUACAAGGAGAUGAUGAAAAUGGAGUCUGUCGAUGCUUACAGGGAGCUAUAAAGCAAAUUUUCUAUUUUCAUUAUCCCAUCAAAACCAGCAAUUUUCUAGCACCCCAUUUUAGAAGGUCACUUGAUGUUAUAGAAGACUUGAUGGAUCUCUUCAUCUGUUGCAUCUUCGCUUUCGACCUGUGUUUUUACUAUGGAUUUUGAUUUUGUUCAAAGUAGCAGUGGUGUCAGUGAUGACGACGAUGAGGUUGAAGAUGGAGAGAUCCAUGAUUGAAGCUUGAAUUAUCGAUCUGUGCUCUGAUUAUGUAAUUGGGAAGCUAAUUGGACGACCAAUCAUUCCACCUGUGUAGAUUCUCUUCUUUUUUUCUUGUGUCGUCUUCCUGAUUGCGUCCUGUGUGGCCAUUUUUGCUUGUUUGUCAAGCUUUUCGCGCGGAAUAAAGUACUCUGGAAAAUCCAUUAUUUUA